AUGCGCCUGACAAGGACAUUCGAUAUGCUUGUCAUCGAGCGCUUGCGCAUGUCGCAUGAUUCGUCCAUCUUGCCCGCUAGUAGUCAUCAGUGUGACCCACCAAAGCGAGCAAAGCUUCGAGCUGGGCAACAGCUAUCAUGGAUGAAACAGCAAAAAGAAAAGGGGCGGCCAACUUUGACAAGACAAGCCAAUCACUGGCAGUGCUCGUCAUAUUCAAAGCACAAACAGCAGCACCCACAGCAGCAGCGUCGCCUCUUCAUCGUUCAUCCUUUUCCUCUUGACGAUAUCGAACUGCCCUUGAAACGACACUCCAUGAGCAGAAGUUGA